CGAGAGAGUAAAAAAGAGAUAAAGUCGCUGCGAGCGAAUCAAGUUCGGAUAAGGUCCAAUCACAACACAGCCACGUGCGAAUCCCAGGUUAUUGAACAGUAAAACAAACGGCUCAAGUGGCUCACUCCAACCGUUCUCGUUAAGGCAAAUCAAGUUCUGUUUCUUUUUCUGACUUUUGAUAAUUUUGGAUAUAUUUUCCUAAUUAUAUAUAGACGACGCCUGCGCUAGAUGAAUUUGUUGUGAUGCGAACGAAACUAACGAUGUACGAAGCAAUCAAAGACAAUGAUGAUAAUGAUCAUCAAUGGCGAGAGAAGAAAGACAUUGAGUCUGCUCUUCAGAUUUCUCGUUCUUCCUCUCUUCCUCCCGACAAGGAACGAUUAGUUUCCCUUGAUGUCUUUCGCGGUCUUACCGUCGCAUUUAUGAUACUUGUGGAUGAUGUUGGAGGGAUUUUACCAUCUAUUAAUCAUUCACCUUGGGAUGGUGUCACACUAGCGGAUUUUGUCAUGCCUUUUUUCUUAUUUAUUGUUGGUGUCUCUCUUGCCUUUGCUUACAAGAACUUGUCAUGUAGGUUUGUCGCAACAAGAAAAGCUUUGAUUCGAUCUUUGAAACUUCUAUUACUUGGUCUUUUUCUCCAAGGAGGAUUUAUUCAUGGUCUUAAUAACUUAACUUAUGGAAUAGAUGUAGAAAAAAUUAGACUCAUGGGUAUAUUACAGAGAAUAGCGAUAGCAUACUUAGUUGUUGCAUUGUGCGAGAUUUGGUUAAAGGGAAACCAUAAUGUUAGCUCAGAGUUAUCUAUGAUCAAGAAAUAUAGAUUUCAUUGGGUGGUUGCUUUUGUUAUCACAACUAUAUAUUUGUCCUUGUUAUAUGGUUUAUAUGUACCUGACUGGGAGUAUCAGAUUUUAAAAGAAGACCAAGGAUCAACAUUGACAACAUUCUUGAAUCUGAAGGUGAAAUGUGGGGUACGAGGUCACACUGGACCAGGCUGUAAUGCAGUUGGAAUGCUUGACCGUAUGUUUCUAGGAAUCCAGCAUUUGUACAGAAAACCUGUAUAUGCACGAACCAAGCAAUGCAGUAUAAAUUAUCCAAACAAUGGGCCAUUACCUCCAGACGCUCCUUCUUGGUGUCAAGCGCCUUUUGACCCCGAAGGCCUCUUAAGUUCGUUGAUGGCCACCGUAACAUGUCUAGUGGGUCUGCACUAUGGCCAUAUUAUCAUCCACUUCAAGGAUCACAAAAAGCGUUUGAAUCAAUGGAUUUUACGUUCUUUUUGUCUUCUGAUGUUAGGUCUCGCACUGAACCUCUUUGGAAUGCAUCUAAAUAAACCUCUAUACACAUUGAGUUACAUGUGUGUCACCUCAGGGGCCUCGGGAUUUUUGUUAUCCGCGAUAUACCUAAUGGUUUGGUUUGCUAUUAUCUUGAGACUCCUAAUGAAAGCAUCACUCAUGGUUAAAAUGUAAAUCUAUCUCUCACUAUCUUCACAGGUCGACGUUUAUGGAUACAAACGAGCAAGCCUUGUGUUAGAGUGGAUGGGAAUACAUGCCUUACCGAUUUACGUUCUCAUUGCUUGCAAUCUUGUCUUUCUAAUCAUUCAUGGAUUCUACUGGAAGAACCCCAUUAACAAUCUCCUUCAUUUAAUCGGAAUCGGAAAGUAAAGAAGAGAAGAGAAGGGAGGUGAAGAAAUAAGUUUCAUCAACCAAAACCUUAAUUGUUUUUGUUAGAAAUAAACAAAUGCCAUCUUCAUCUUCACAUCCCAUAUGGAAUCCAAUUUAUGCUAUACUUUUGUAAACAUACGGUAUAUCGUAGAAAAAUUAAAACUUCAUGGCUAUAUAAGCAAAGCCUUUUGUCGAAAAUACACAUGUUGGCAAGUUGUGGGAGCCACCAACAUAAGCAUAUUAUAUUCAAACAAAUGUUCAAUCGCACAUGUGAUGGUUUAGCGAUUUAGCUACCGCACAACUGAAUCAAAAGACUUGUUAAAU